AUGAGGGUUCAUGUGAAAGGUGACACAUCUGCUGGGAUUUUCGCUGAGAUGUUACUUAAAAUAGGAGACGGAAAUUUCCCUUCAUUGGAAGGUGAGAUCACUAUUCCCUCAAAUUUGUGUACAGUUGUUAGCUCUUUAUCAGAACUAACUUCCAGAAUUUACCCAGAUAUAAUAAAUAUCAAGAUGAAACCCAUCGAAUGGUUGUGCGAGCGAGCCAUCUUAACUCCAAAGAACGACAAGGCAGCCGAAAUCAAUGAAAUUCUACUAAAGGCAUUUAAUGAAAAAUCUGUUGAAUAUAAAUCUUUUGAUUCGGUGAUCCAAUCGGAUGAUGCUGUCCAUUACCCUUUAGAAUUUCUUAAUACUCUGAAUACUUCUGGUCUUCCAUCACAUAAACUUAUCCUUAAAAUUGGAGCACCUAUAAUGUUACUAAGAAAUCUUAACCCACCUAAAUUGUGUAAUGGAACUAGAUUGCAAGUUAAAUCUCUGAACAAAAAUGUAAUAGAAGCUAUAGUUAUCACUGGGUGUGCUAGAGGAGAUAUAGUUUUAAUCCCGAGAAUAACGUUAAUCCCAACUGAUUAUCCCUUUGAGUUUAAAAGAAUACAAUUCCCACUCAAAGUUUGCUGUGCUAUGACUAUUAAUAAGUCUCAAGGACAAUCAUUGGGCAUGGCAGGGAUUGACUUAAGAGAAGAAUGUUUUUCACAUGGACAGUUCUAUGUCGCAUGUUCUAGAGUUAGCUCUGCCAGUAGUUUGGUUAUUUUAGCACCAAAAGGCAGUACCAAAAAUACUGUUUAUAAAGAGGUAUUGAGAUGA